GACAACUCAAGUAAAAAUAGUCCUCAAUUCACCAGAUUCUUAAACUUUUGAAUGUUCACUUUCUUCAGUCUGAAGAAGUGGGGAAAAAAAAAAAAAUGCAAUCUUUGUAGCUUUCCCAGGGAAAACCCUGAUAAAUGGUAAAGGUUUUGUUUGGUUUUUCUUGUCUGUGGUUUUAGGUUAGGGGUUGUUUUUGUAAUUUUGUUCUUAAGGCAGUAUCCCAUGCUAACUUUAAAUCUGAUGUGGUUUGUAGCUGUGUUGAACUGGAGGCCUUCACAGUAUGGAAUGCAUAAUUCUGCAUGACCUUAGCAUGGUUUCCCAUAUUGCCGAAAUUCUUCUGAGAUUCAGCUUGAGCCUUCAAAAAGGUUGUGUAUAAAUAGUUCAGUUAGUGCAGAGCAUGCAGUGUUUCCUACUCAGAGAGGAGGAUUUUAUACAGGCAUUAAAAUAACUGAACUUUAUGUCACUCUUUACUAACACUCGGAUCAGCUCUGCUCUGCUGUGACAGCUCUGGACUGGGGACUCCAUCAAUCCACAUGGGGCCACUGUGAAAUAAGCUGGCCACCAUGAACGGCAGCUGGAGGGGAUUGCUGUAGUGAAAAGCAGCUGAGCUGAAGUGCCCGAGGCCCUCAACAACAGCAUCUUCUUAGCUUGUCAUCCUGCAGGGGUUGGGCUCCUGGCACUGGCAUUAGGAAUUCUCAUUGUUUUGCAUACUAAGCAAAUUCUGUGGAGGGGGAGACAGUGAAAUUUCUUAGUGAUGUGGAAAUUGUAGCCGUGAUGACGUAAGGACAGCAGUGCACAAGAAGGGCUCUGUGACUGUAAGCUUGUCUGUUUCUCCUGAUUAUUCGUGCUCAUAAACGUUGCUACUGUACUGAGAAACUGUGUCUCACCAAAGAGCAUGGAGAUUCCAGCACAAAAAGAGCUGUGAUUUCAUGCAUAUUUCAAUAUAUUUGGAUUUUUUUUCGGCUUGAUCUUUAAUUCUGAGUCUACAGUGCAUCUUCUUAUUUCUUCCAAGUCAUUGGUGUUUAUUUAACUCUUUCAGAAUAUAACAUUCUGUCUAGGUGAUGAUUUUUCCUCUUAAGUACAACGAAUGAUGAAGUCUUUUCUUUGCUGUGGCUGUUUGUGUGUAUGAUUUGUCGUAACACUGCUAUUAAUUGUUUAUUAGCACUCUUCAGGGCAAACAAACUGGUUUCAAGUACAGAAGUAGGUAACAGCAUUGCCAUUUUUUGUCCUUCUGGGAAUAGCCAGUAGUUUGCAAUGCUCCCACCCCUAAGGAGAUGGCAUCAGCUUUAAGAACAUUUCAGUCUCCUCUUUUAUCAGCCUCAACAGCCUGCUGCUUGAGUGCUUUAUUAGCCUGCCUGCCAGGAAUUGAAUUGGGUCUAAAUUCAUCUGUGUGAGCGUGCACAGUUAACAAUGACAUAAUAAUCCUUCCCUAGAUGUUAUACAGUAGGAUGGAAUGAUUUGUCAGUGUCAUGCAGGCAAUGCUGGAAAUGUAAAGAGUGCCUUAUUCUGAAUGAGUCAAGCAUGAUUAAAAUGAAAGCAAUAGAGAUGGGAAGAAAGGCAGGGGGCUUAUUUUUAUGGCCAGGAGCCUCUCAUGAGCAGGCAUGCUUAGUUUGUUUAGACAGUGUUUAUAGGUCAUGCUGGUUUUCUUUACAGAAACACAGGCCCUACUGUAUUCCAUCAUCUCCACUAACACACCUAAAAUAAAUCAUUCAUCAUCAAAAGCCAGGAGAAAUUGGGAUUUAACCAUAGAUUCGAAUGAGUUGACAGUGAAGGCACAUCAGGCGUUUGUUAAAUAUAGGCAAGGUUUUCUUUCUGUAUAUUAGUUAUAUGCCUUUUUGAUGCUACCAAGGUGCAGAUGAAAGCUGUUAAUCCGUGCUGAGUAAGUGUGCCAUCUUCCCUUCCUGGACACAAACAAUUGGCCAUAGGAUGCAUGUUACGAAUUCCUAAGGAAAGACAGCCACCUGUGGUGUUCUCCUUGGCUCCUUUGUUCUGCAGUCAUCAUUUCAGCUCUUGCUUCUCAGAAAAUUCUCAGGCUCUUCAUUCCUGCUAUUUCAUUACAGGGAAAUAGAGAUAAAAAAAACCUGCUAUGCAAAUUUAGAUAGAUGGACAUUUAGCAUUAUCUGAUGGUAUCCAGUUUACAGCAACACAUUGGAGGAAGUCUGGGUCCAAUGUAGGUGCAGGAAGGGAUGUAGAAAUUAGGUAGCUAACACAGAUAGUGAUUUCUUCAGUGUCAGAAUACUGUAUAUGAAAAAAUAUUCUUUUUCUCUUUUUUUAAUAAAGAUGCACAUAAGAUAACCUCAAAAGUGAAUUGAUUUUUACUUCAGUGAUUAACAUUACAAUAACUAGAACUUGAUAUAUUUCCGUUAAAAUGAUGACUAGAUUCUCACUGACUUCAGCAUUAAAAAAGUCUGACCACAAAUCCUCCAGUGCUUAGUUUUACUGUUUUGGAAAUGUGUUUUAUAUUAGAAAGUGUUUGCUUUGGUUAAUAGUAUUUACAGAGGCAGAGGAAUGGGGAAGGUGGUUAAUAAUUGGCAGAAGUUGUUAGUUUCCGUAAUGGAACAGAAGAUUCUUUUAUUAAUCAGUGGGAAGAACAGUAAAAGGAUUAGAGAUACAGGGAAGAUAGGAAGCUCUUGUAAUUGCGUGUAACUGUAGCAAAUGAACAGAGCUGGUCUGGUGAGCAGGGAGUCUGGUCUGUGCAGUCUGAGAGCAUCCAGUUUGCACCUGCUCACCUUGCCAGCUCCCAGAAUUAAGCUGUAAAAGGGAGCAACUGCAGCAGUGUGAAUGGAUGCCCCUGUGCAGUAAGCGAAGUAAAGCAGCAGUACUGGUGCAAGCAAAAGAUAAAUAAAAUCCUAUCUCCAUUCAGAUCUGAUUGAUGUCUAUAAAUCAGUAUAAAUCGCUUGCAGCAGAUGUGGUGACAGACAAAAACUACCAGCAUUCUAGUCACUUCGCUCUACUGAUGAGCACCUUGGAGUUUCAUUUGUGGGGAAGGCUUUUCCAAAUGUGGAUGCAUUUCUCAAAGUGGUUUUUAUUGAUGACAGUUGGUAAUGAUAAGUGAGUAUGCUGUCACUGCUUAAGCUAUUUUAUUCUCUCUGCAACAUUUCUUAGUGAAAGAGGUGAUAGAAACUUAUGGCAAAUAUCCAAUAUCUGUAUUCAUUGCUACCUUUGUGGAAUCUUCUGUAACAUGACAGAUGUAGGUGGCUUCACAGCUUUGGUAAAUUUUUGAGGGUUUUGUAUUUAAUACUCUUGGAAAUCAAUUUUCUUCCAAGGUACUCUUUCCAGUUUAACUGGAAAUAUUCCAGUAUUCCACGAGCCUAUGGGAUAGGAACAGAAGUGAAAUCCGCUCUGUAAGGACUCCUGCUGCUCAGCUCUCCACAUAAUGCAGGUGAGUAUGUUUUUGAACACGUUAACCCCCAAGUUCUAUGUUGCCCUGACGGGCACUUCCUCAUUAAUCUCGGGACUUAUUUUGAUCUUCGAGUGGUGGUACUUCCGCAAGUACGGGACGUCCUUCAUCGAGCAGGUCUCGGUGAGCCACUUGCGCCCUCUGCUGGGCGGGGUGGACAACAGCGCGCCCAGCGCGGCCAACGCCGCCAACGGCGAGGCGGACUCCAGCAGGCAGAGCGUGUCAGAAUGCAAAGUCUGGCGAAAUCCCUUAAAUCUGUUCAGAGGAGCUGAAUAUAAUCGGUAUACGUGGGUAACAGGAAGAGAACCUUUGACUUACUACGAUAUGAAUCUUUCAGCACAGGACCAUCAGACAUUCUUUACAUGUGACACCGAUCAUUUACGGCCUGCUGAUGCUAUAAUGCAAAAAGCCUGGAGAGAGAGAAACCCCCAAGCCCGAAUUUCUGCAGCACAUGAAGCUUUGGAAUUGAAUGAAUGUGCCACUGCCUAUAUUCUUUUGGCUGAAGAGGAAGCAACAACUAUUGUGGAAGCAGAGAAGCUGUUCAAGCAAGCUCUGAAGGCUGGAGAGGGCUGUUACAGGCGCAGUCAGCAAUUGCAGCAUCACGGUGCCCAGUACGAAGCCCAACACAGAAGGGACACUAAUGUGUUAGUUUAUAUUAAGAGGAGGCUGGCAAUGUGUGCAAGAAAGCUGGGAAGGACCAGAGAAGCAGUGAAAAUGAUGAGAGAUUUGAUGAAGGAAUUUCCUCUUCUCAGCAUGUUCAAUAUCCAUGAAAACCUGCUAGAAGCUUUGUUAGAACUGCAAGCAUAUGCGGAUGUCCAGGCAGUCUUAGCGAAGUAUGAUGAUAUAAGCUUACCAAAAUCAGCAACAAUAUGUUACACAGCUGCAUUGCUCAAAGCCAGAGCUGUCUCUGACAAAUUUUCUCCAGAGGCUGCCUCAAGGCGAGGGCUGAGUACUGCAGAGAUGAAUGCAGUAGAAGCUAUUCACAGAGCAGUAGAAUUUAAUCCACAUGUGCCAAAAUACCUCCUAGAAAUGAAAAGCUUAAUUCUGCCCCCCGAACAUAUUCUGAAGAGAGGGGACAGUGAAGCAAUAGCAUAUGCUUUCUUUCAUCUUCAACACUGGAAAAGGGUAGAGGGAGCAUUGAAUCUCUUACACUGUACAUGGGAAGGCACUUUCAGAAUGAUCCCCUAUCCACUGGAAAAAGGACAUCUUUUCUACCCUUACCCUAUUUGUACAGAAACUGCAGAUAGAGAACUACUACCGUCAUUUCAUGAAGUUUCAGUUUACCCCAAGAAAGAGCUUCCCUUCUUCAUCCUCUUCACUGCUGGCCUAUGUUCUUUCACAGCCAUGCUGGCUCUCCUGACACAUCAGUUCCCAGAGCUUAUGGGGGUCUUCGCAAAAGCAUUUCUCAGCACCCUCUUUGCCCCUUUGAAUUUUGUGAUGGAGAAAGUAGAAAGCAUCCUGCCCUCCAGCCUGUGGCACCAGCUGACGAGGAUCUGAGGGAGCACCCGCUGACUGACUGCCACGACAUCUGCUGUGCCAACAUUUGGUUGACCACAAGAAAGCAUGAUAAAAAAGGGAAGCAGUUCUAAGACUGAAAAAAUCUUCAUGGAUUGUCUGUUCUCAUAUAAAAACUGUUUCGUUGUACAAAAUUCAUUGAUGUUAGGUUCUAUUAUAUUUUGCCUUCAGAAAAGACAAAAAUAAACUUUUGUGUAUUGCA